AUAGCAAACAGUAAUAGCAACAGUAAUGGUAGUGGUUACAGUAAUAGCAACAUUAAUGGUAACAGUAAUAGCAACAGUAGUGGUAACAGUAAUAGCAACAGUAAUGGUAAUGAUUACAGUAAGAGCAACAAUAAUGGUAACAGUAAUAGCAAUGGUAAUGGUUACAGUAAUAGCAACAGUAAUGAUAAUGGUUACAGUAAUAGCAACAGCAAUGGUAGUGGUUACAGUAAUAGCAACAGUAAUGGUAACAGUAAUAGCAACAGUAAUGGUAAUGAUUACAGUAAUAGUAACAGCAAUGGUAAUGGUAACAGUAAUAGCAACAGCAAUGGUAGUGGUUACAGUAAUAGCAACAGUAAUGGUAACAGUAAUAGCAACAGUAAUGGUAAUGAUUACAGUAAUAGCAACAAUAAUGGUAACAGUAAUAGCAACAGCAAUGGUAAUGGUUACAGUAAUAGCAACAGCAAUGGUAAUGGUUACAGUAAUAGCAACAGUAAUGGUAGUGGUUACAGUAAUAGCAACAGUAAUGAUAAUGGUAACAGUAAUGGUAGUGGUUACAGUAAUAACAACAGUAAUGGUAACAGUUAUAGCAACAGUAAUGGUAACAGUAAUAGCAACAAUAAUGGUAACAGUAAUAGCAACAAUAAUGGUAACAGUAAUAGCAACAAUAAUGGUAACAGUUAUAGCAACAGUAAUGGUAACAGUAAUAGCAACAAUAAUGGUAACAGUAAUAGCAACAGUAAUGGUAACAGUAAUAGCAACAGUAAUAAUAAUGAUACAGAAAGUAGGAAUGAUGAUUACUAUUACUACACUUCUGUUUAUGACACAUCAAACAGUAAUGAAGGAAGAGGAGAUGGAAAUGGUUACUCUUUUGGUAACAGAAUUAGCUACAUUAACGGCAAUGGUAAUAGUAACACAUACAGUAAUGGCAAUGGAAAUGACUACACUUUCAGCAAUGGGAAUAAUAAUAGCAAUGGUAAUGGCUUCACUUACAGUAAUGGAAAUGGUAACAGUAAUGGAAAUAGCAAUGGUAAUGGUAACAGUAAUAGAAAUAGCAAUAGUAAUGGUAACAGUAAUGGUAAUGGUAACAGUAAUGGAAAUAGCAAUGGUAAUGGUAACAGUAUUAGAAAUAGCAAUAGUAAUGGCUUCACUGGUAACAGUAAUGGAAAUAGUAAUGGUAAUGGUAACAGUAAUGGAAAUAGGAAUGGUAAUGGUAAUAGUAAUAGUAAUAGACAUAGCAAUAGUAAUGGCUUCACUUACAGUAAUGGAAAUAGCAAUGAUAAUGGUAACAGUAAUAGAAAUAGCAAUAGUAAUGGCUUCACUUAUGGUAAUGGAAAUAGCAAUGGUAAUGGCUUCACUUACAGUAAUGGUAAUGGAAAUAGCAAUGGUAAUGGUAACAGUAAUGGAAAUAGCUACACAUUUGGUAAUGGUAAUGCCCAAGGCUAUAUCUACACCACUCCGCCCUUCCCAAAUGGGUUACAUCAGAUGUCAUAGACAAGCUCCUCUCAGCCUACUCUCACAGCCUUCAGUUUCUCAUUCAAAUUACCGAAGCUGUACUGUAUUUGUCUCCACAUUCGCUCUCCCUAACAACUGUCUUGUUCAAUAUACGGCGACCACAAAUAAGUCAAGUCACUAACCCUGAGACACUGAGGUGACACUCAACCCCCAGACACAGUGACUUUUUUAACAUUUUAGUUUAAUUUUGACUUCCCAUUUAUUAGUUUACUUCUACACAUCGGAAAAAAUAUUUUAUUAUUCCUUGGUGUUAGCACUGGCAUCAAUAUAUGCAUCUUUACUAUGGUUAGUUCUAUUUCUCUUACGGUAAGCUUUGUCAUCAAUUGUUUGCUAUGAUUCUAGUGAUUUGGAUUUCAUGUUUCAUUUUCUAUUUCUUUGCAUAAAAUAUCCGAAUUAUUGUUAUUUUUGUCAAGUUUUGUUUGCUCAAAAACUUCAGAUUUUUUCCUUUCUAUUUUUUUAAGGCAACUCAUGUUAUGUUAAGUGUUCCUGGGUAUUAAUUAUCAAAUAUUUCCCAGCCUGAUGCUUCUACGUUUACUAUUCAAAACAUAAUAGACCGGUGACGAAAUGUCCGCCCAACGUAUUUCAUGUAAAGUGACUUAUUCAUAGACUGUAACUGUUUAUAUCAAGUCUGGUAAUAUUUGAGAUACAGAACACACUUGUGCCAUAUGGUUUUUAAAUAUGCUUGCUCACAGGGUAUCAUUAUUUUUGUA